AUGUCUGUGAAGAAAGGACGAGAUAAAACGUUGGCAGAGCAGAUAGCUGAGCUCGAAGAUCCCACUCCCAAAGAAUUCGACCCGGAGGAUCAGAGUGACGGCGCUCAGGAGAGUGACAGCGACAGUGGUAGCGAUGCUAUAGAUCUUGAUACUGGGAGAGAGCAUUAUGAAGCCGUGAGCAGCAAGAGCAAACUCAGAAAAGCAGAGCAGAUAGAGCUAGGAAGCGAAUAUGCUGGAUCGCGGGUUAGUCGACACGAUUUGAAUGGAUAUGACUCCAGCGGAUCAGGGUCUCUGGAGGAGAGAGAGAGUGAAGGAACCGACGAUGGUUUUAGUGACGCAUUUUCCGCAAGUGAGGAAGAUGAAGAUCAAGACAUGACUGCCGGAUCCGAGACGGAUGGCGUGGAAUCAUACGAAGAUGAUGAGUCUGGGUCUGAUAUGUUUGGCGAAGAUAAUAUGGAGGAGGAACCACGAAAGAAAUCGAAAUCAGAAUCCAUGAAGACCGCUGACAACGACCGCGAAGAACUGCGACGACUGAUGGCCAGUGGGGAUAAGAUCGUGACCGCAUCAAUAUCACAGGCCGCCAAAGAUGAUGCUGUUAAAGGUACAGCUGUUAAGAAACAGAGACUUACAUUCGAUGCGUUGCUGAACUCCCGGAUUAAGCUACAGAAGGGUCUCACUUUACUCAAUGGAGAGACUUUACCUGCAGACGAGACUGAAGACCUGAUAAAGUCUGCUGAAACGGCUGCGUUAUCUCUAUGGAAUAUGCUGGGUGACCUUCGACAAACACUCGCAGAGCACCAGGCUGCAGGUGACGCUAACCAAAAGAAACGCAAGAGGACUGCUCCUGCAACAGUAGAGACAAGCUCGGCAGACAUUUGGGGCCAGAUGUGUGAACUUGAAGCCCAAUCUCUCUCACACAGACGUGGAGUGCUCGAUAAAUGGUCUCGAAAGGUUCGCGGAGCACGUAGCAGCACUCUUUCUAAUAACAACCGGGGCAAGCUGUUGAAUACCAGCUCAGACGAGCAGAGCAUGACCGCUGUUUUGGAGACGUAUGUUUCUAAAGAGAGCAGAAGUGAUAAGUCAUCUGCUUCCAACACCAAUUCUGAAACGCGAAUAGCAUACGAUGACACAGCGUUCUAUCAGUCACUUCUCCGUGACUUGGUUGAGCAACGCAUGGCAGCAUCUGCCAAUGGUGGAGUUAUCCUGGACUCGAUAUCUACUCAGCUUCCCAGGAGUGGGACUACAAAUCCCAUUACAGGAAUGCGCAAGGACAAGGUGAAGCGGACAGUAGAUACCAAGGCUUCCAAGGGACGAAAAAUGAAGUAUAAUGUGCAUGAGAAACUACAGAACUUCAUGGCUCCGGAGGAUCGCGGCUCAUGGUCCAAUCGAGCCAGAGACGAAUUUUUUGCUUCAUUGUUGGGUCGAAGUGUGAGUAAUGUACUAGGCGAGGAUGAAUACAGUGAUAAUGAUGGUGAGUCUGUGGAUGACGAUGCCGAAGGAGGGUUAAGAUUGUUUAGAAGUUAG